AUGCCGUUCUCAACGGAGGGAAUGCCCUCGACUGUCCUUGAUGAGCUGCUCAAUCGCCUCGGUCGGCUCUUGAGCCACGUCUCCUACAGCGUUCGAGGUCUCGCUGCUCUCUCCUUCUACGGCCUGACCACACGCUUCCCCUCGCAGGUCAGUAUUUCAUGCCCUCUGUAUGCCCGUGACGUGGUUAAAUGCUGGGCUGCCGCCCAAGGCAUGAUUGUUCAUCCUUCGUUUCCAGACGCCUUUGGCGUGCCUCUUUCAGAUGGAUCCGUCCGCAAAGUGAGGCUGCAAUUCGUCGAUGCCGGCGCACCACUCGACUGGAUCGCCAUGGGACCGGCAGGAACGCGCAUCGCAAGCAUGCCGGCGCUGCUAGACACUUUGGCAGAAAGAUACAUGGACCCAAGGGUCCCUGCCAAGGCCGUGAGCACCCUUGGCAGGGACAUUUUCUGGCUGUUGCAGAGGAUGGCCGAAGACACAACUCCGGAGCAGAUGGUCACGGUGGAGAGGGUGCCAAAUGUACUGAAGGCCGAUUUUUGGAGUUUGUUCACCUUCACACAUUUUGGCGCGGAUCAGCUCCUAUACGAUGCUGGCUUCGGGAAGCUCAUUGCCGAGCUUGAGAGGCCUGUGAGUGAGACUCACGAUUCACUGCUCGAUGAGAGUCAAAUUGGCAUUGACGGCGACCCUGAAAAUUGGCAUGAUGACAUGGACGCAGGGCUGGUCGAGUCGAUGAUCGGCUCAGGGCGCCCUGUUCUGCCUUUGCGUCGCAAGAACUCCCGAUACUUUGAAAGGUUGUCGGGCACGCGGCCUGCAACUGUUGAGCUGGCGUUUGUCCAGUCGCCCAGCUUGUCAACUCGCGAUCAUCAGUCGCCAAUCAGUGCCGCUGAGCUAGACCAGAUGGCAGAGCAGGGCAUCAUGUUCUGCCCGGUGGAUCAGAGGAACUGGUGA